GCUUCAUUGAGUCCUGUGGUGGGAGGGCGGGCGUGUUUGCGCCUGCGUGCUUCUCUAUGGUAGCUGAGAGGGAAGGGCGUUUCCGGUUUACGUGACGCGAACGUGCGGGACUUUCCGCUUCCGGUUUGUGGUUCCCCUGAAGGCAGAGGCAGCAUGGAGGCGAGGGCUAAGGGUCGGCGAGGCGCGUCGAAGGGCAGAAAGCGGCCUCGGGUCGGAAAAGGGCCGCUUGAAGGAGGCGGGGAGCGAGGCGGCCACAUGGUGGCUGUGGAAGAGGAGAUCCGCAGGGCUCAGCACUUGGCGCUCGUGGCAGAGAAACCCGCGGCGGAGCGUGGCCUGGAGGAGCUGCUGUUUGGGGACGUGGAGGAAGAAGACGACGACCUGCAGCGUCUGCAAGGCCCGCUGGCGAAGGUUGGUGAUGUGCUCAGUGGGAAUCUCCUUGAAGGAGAAUCUGAUGACUCAGAAGUGGAGAAUGAAACGGAAGACAACUUUCUUCCAUCUGAAAAACCAGCAUGGGUGGAUGAAGAUGAUAAAGUUGAGGAAAUAAUUGACAUGACCCAUCGAUAUCGAAAAAACAUGAUGAAAAGUGAUGCAGAAAAGAAGCUUACAAAGGAAAAACUUCAAAGAAGACUUCAAGAACAAUUUCAGAGCGCAAUGGGAGCAACCCCUUCCUGGGCACAGAGGGACAGGAAGAAGAAAGUAAGAAAAGCCAGAGAUGAAGAUGACAGCGAAGAUGAAGAGGAUGAACUAAUGCACAAGACAGGCAAUUUCGUGACAGUGUCAGACUCCUUACCAAGAGGCUUUUUACAGAUGAAAAACUGCAAGUUUGCUAACAGUGAACGUCUGUCAGAUGCAAAACUGACAACUGUGCAGUUCCAUCCUUCUGCUCAAGUUAUUAUGACUGCUGGGCUUGAUCGGUCUGUUUCACUGUUCCAGGUGGAUGGCAUCGCUAAUCCAAAGAUACAGAGCAUUCAUCUGGAAAGCUUUCCAGUGUACAAGGCACGUUUUAGUGCAGAUGGAGAGCAAGUUAUUGCAACUAGCAUACACAACAAGCGGUUCUAUAUAUACGACAUGAUGGCUGGAAAAAUUAUUCCUAUAACCCAUAUCAGAGGUUUAGAGGAGAAGUUUAUCAAAAAUUUUGAAGUAUCACCAGAUGGAAGAUUCUUGCUCCUUAAUGGAACGUCAGGCUAUCUGCAUUUGUUGACAAUGAAGACAAAAGAGCUUAUUGGGAGCAUGAAAAUAAAUGGAAAGUCUUUGGAAUCCUCUUUCUCUCCAGAUAGCAGCAAAAUCUACACGCAUUCUGUUCAGGGUGAAGUUUUUGUAUGGGAUGUAAAAAGCAGACGAUGCCUAAACAGAUUUUUUGACGAAGGUUGUAUGUGUGGUACAUCUAUUGCAGUCUCCAAAAACAACCAGUAUGUGGCAUGUGGUUCUAGUUCUGGAGUUGUGAAUGUGUAUGCUCAGGACGACUGUCUCAGAGAAACUAGUCCUAAGCCUCUGAAAGCUAUAAUGAACUUGGUCACACCUGCAACAUCGUUAUCCUUCAGUCCCACCACUGAAAUAUUGGCAAUUGCUUCUAAUAAAGUAGAUGAGGCGGUAAAGCUGGUGCACAUUCCUUCAUUUACUGUAUUCCCAAAUUUUCCGGUGUUCAAAAGCAAGUUAAUAUACUUGGCUAACUCCAUGGACUUCUCACCCAGAUGUGGAUAUUUUUCCAUAGCAAAUAACAAAGGCAAAGCUUUGUUGUAUAGGUUGAAACACUACUCAGAUUUCUAAACUGAUGACUUUAGACUGAGGUGGUGUACCCUGUGACUUU